AUGAUUCGCUUCAUUUUAAUACAAAACCGGGCUGGUAAAACUCGACUGGCGAAAUGGUACAUGAACUUUGAUGAUGACGAGAAACAGAAACUCAUAGAGGAAGUUCAUGCAGUUGUCACUGUUCGUGAUGCCAAGCACACCAAUUUUGUUGAGUUUCGAAAUUUCAAGAUUGUAUACAGAAGGUAUGCUGGACUUUACUUCUGUAUUUGUGUAGAUGUCAAUGACAACAAUUUGUGCUACUUGGAAGCAAUCCACAACUUUGUGGAAGUCCUCAAUGAAUACUUCCAUAAUGUAUGUGAACUGGAUCUGGUUUUUAACUUCUAUAAGGUGUACACUGUUGUUGAUGAAAUGUUCCUGGCUGGAGAGAUCCGAGAGACUUCCCAGACCAAAGUCUUAAAGCAACUGCUCAUGCUGAACUCCUUAGAA